CUUCCUUAUAGGUAUACAAUAGGGAAUAGACCCUCGAUGAACCGCCAUCUUCAACGCUUUAGUAACUUUAUGAGAUUUGUUAUUCCCAAAUGAAAUCCAAAUACUCUGUUUUCUGAGAUGUUAGAGGAAGAUGAUGAAUACGAUUCGCUUGUUGUCGAGAUCCUAGACAAAGAAUCGGCAAAGAUUGAUGAGGAUUUAGAACUGCAACAGCUCAUUUCGAAUCAAGGUUUCCACGCUCACGAAUUAUGCGGAUGGACGGUGACAACUACGGACUUGAACCGAUUUAGAUGGAAUAGCAACAGGACAUCGAGGACUUCAGUAAGGGACCAAAGAGCGCCUACACUGGCUGCUAGACGAAGUUUCUCUCGACAGAGUGUCAAAAGUGAUGUCGACCUUGAAUUCCAGCACUUUCAAAACGGGAUAGCUUACAUUGAACAGUACAGGGGCGAGAAAAUGAAGCGACACGAGGCUGAAUUAAAUGAAUUUCUGACUCUUAAUACCUCUAGAAAAGGCUCAGAUACGUGUGAUAAUAGCUCAAAAAGCCAGGAGUCGAUUGUAGCACGGGAUAAACCAAACGCCAACGUUCCAGUGUACACUAGAAAACCGAGGAGAGAAAGCGCUAGUCCUCUUAUUGUCAUUACUUCUUCUCGUGCGCAAAACAGCACGAACAACUCCAAACGUUUCCAAGGAAGAAAACUUUACGCUAGACCUAUGACAUAUGUUAGAAAUUCUAGCCAAUCGACCAAAGCACAGAAUUGCAACACAGUAAGUGAAGUCACGAUGGAGUUACCAUUUGCAUCAACAUCAUCGUCAUCAUUAAGCACAUCACCACACUUUGCGUCACCUUGCUCCAUUGGGAAGGAGUCUUGGGCGGUUAUUGGAACAGAAAAACGCCCAAUUCCAACACAAAAAAGACCUAUAGACAUCACUAGAAUAAGCACCCCUAAGCCUAGAACACCAGUAAAGAACACAAGCUCAUACUCGAUUCCAUCGAGACGGCAGAGUGCUAUCCCUAUGACCAAUUCCUGGGUCAGGUCCUCAGUAUAUGAAAAUGGAAAAAAGUUUUACUCAGAUGAUAUAGCCAAAUGUAUGCCCUCAAGAAGUUUCAGUGCCCCAAACAUGGGAAAUGAGCAGUUUGAGUGGCCUUCUAAAGGGGGAAGUCAACAAAAGGUUGGCAUAAGUGAAGGAAAAUCAAGAACUUCUCAAGCUACCCAAAAUGGGACACAGACUUGCUCAAGAGCUGUAGACUACUCAUGCUAUACAGAAAUGUUUAAAAAUGUUUUGGAGUAUUAUGGGAGCAACAAGUUACGGACUAAGACAAAUAAGACCCAGCCCAGUUCUGAGAGUUCUACUUUGCUGUCUGUGCACACAUAGCAGUGCGCCAGACAUAGCUCAGCAUCCAAGGAAAGAAGGCAUCACUCUGCUAGACAAAGAUCAAAGAAAUUAUAAGGCUAUAGAUAUAUCUGCCGCAUUCAUAUGAAUUUGGUAUUUAAAUUGUUACUUUACAGUGGAACUUCUAUAUAAAGAACUGAAAUCAGCACUUUGGUAAGAAAGUCCGUUAUAAAGAGGUUGUCCGCUUAAUCGAUGUCCGUUAUAUAGAAGUUUCACUGUCUUUUCUUUCUUGCUGUGUUAUGUCUGUUCUUUUUAAGUGCAGGGGCAGCAAAUGGAAGGGGCGCUAGCCUCCCCCUGUUUGAGUGGGUGACGUUCUUUUGCAUGAGAAUUUUAAUAUUUCAAACUAAAAAGUGCAAGUAGGUGCAUUAUGGAACCGCUCCGUCGCUCCUGAAGUGGAGAGCAAGCUAAAAUAAGAAUAGAGGGAUGUUUAUUUCCUUGUUUUGCUGUGUUAUGUCUGUAAUAGUUGGAAAAGCAGAAGAUAAGCUGAAAUAAGCAGAGGGAGAAAUGGAUAUUGCUUGGAAAGUGAUUGUGGCAGUGUUAAUACUGGGCUUUAAGAAACUCAAGCUAUUAAAUUCAACAUUUAAUAGGGUUGCUGGCCAAACUAGAAAAGCAUACCAGGUUAACUGUUAAUUUAAAAGAGUAGCUGCACAUAUCGCAGAAUAUUGAUUCAACGUAGAUUUUAACGAAAGAAAUUUGUAAGUUUAUAAUAAAUAUAUAGCAAACACUUAUAGAUGAUAAAUAUAGAUAAAGCAAAUAUAUUUUCUUACAGAAUAAUUUUGAAAAGAAUAACAUGAAAUGUUUCAACAAAAA